AUGACGGGCUUGUCUCUGAACUGGAAACAACUCAGUUCACGGAUUCAAAAGCCAGAAACAAAGAAACCAAAGAAAUCAAAACUACAUCAGAAUCAUGUACGAAAUUCAACUGAAAAGGACAAACAUCUUCUUCGUUUAAAACAGAAUCGAGUCAACUGUGAUGGGUCAGUUAAUGCCGGUCCUUUAGAAUACGUUCUUUGGACAACACUAGGAAAUAACCAGAUCAAUCCGAAAAACUUCCCAACUACUGAUAAUAACAUUACUAAAUCGAAAAAGGAUAAAAGAAAGGAUCUUGGAAAGAUUGUCGCCAUAGAUUGUGAGUUUGUUGGAGUGGGGCCCCAAGAUGUAUCGGCACUUGCUAGAGUUACAAUUGUAAAUUUCUACGGUCAUGUCGUUAUGGAUGAAUACGUGAGACCAAAAGGGAAAGUGACAGAUUGGAGGACUAAUGUUUCAGGAAUUGCACCAUGGCACAUGAAAUUCGCGAUGGAUUUUGACGAGGCACAAUCCAAGGUUGAAUCGAUACUCAAGGACAAAAUCUUGGUGGGGCAUGCCUUGGAGAAUGAUCUUGACAAGUUGGAGUUGUCGCACCCAACAUCAAUGAUUAGAGAUACUAGUUCAUUUCCUCCCUUUAGAACAAUUUCAUCUGGUAGAACUCCAAGAUUGAAAAACUUGGCCAAGCAUUUUUUGAAUCUAGACAUUCAAACUGGAGAGCAUAAUCCAAUUGAGGAUGCUAGAGCUACAAUGUUGCUAUACCGUUUACAAAAGAAUGAUUUUGAGAGCCAUUUUAAACUGAUCAAAUAG